AUGACCUCCAGGGCCCUCAGCCUCACCUGCAAGCCCCACUCAUCUUCGUUGGUCAAAGGGACAAGUGCCUUCAGACAUGACACACUGCUGUCCCACGGGAUCAGCAAACGUCACCAGCACUGUGCUGUUGCUGAGAAAGCAAAAGGUCCUCAUGCAAAAGUGCCAACUGUGGUCCAAGCAGUACAAAAAAUGGACCCGGCCUUUUUUAAUAAAAUGAAGAAUGUUAUGCAUACAGCCUAUUACAUUGCAAAAGAGGAGCAACCCUUCACUCAAUUUCCUGAACUUCAUGGGCUCAUCAACAGGACCGGUGGGACACUCCCAGACAGCUACAAUUCAGACAAAGCUUGUGCUCGCUUCAUUUGUAACAUAUAUGAUGUGGAGAGGGAAAAGCUAAUGGAGAAGUUGAGGAAUGCCAAACACUUCUCCAUCAUGAUUGAUGGGGCAACAGAUGGUGGCAACAUUGAAAAUGAAGCUGUCUAUGUCCGCUUCAUGGCAGACGAAGGUCCAGUAAAUGCUUUCCUCUCCAUUCAGGCUGUUAAGCAAGGAAAUGCUUCUGGGAUCCUGGAUGCCAUAUAUGCAGCAUUUGAAGAAGCUGGCAUUGAUGACUGGAAGGAUCAGCUAGUGGGAUUUGGCAGUGAUGGAGCAGCAGUCAAUGUCGGAUGCAGGAAUGGGGUGGCAGCGCAGCUUCUGAGGGACAUCCCAUACCUCAUCUCCAUACACUGCAUAGCUCAUCGCCUGGAGCUGGGUGUGACUAAAGCAAUUAAAGAAAAUACCAACAUGGUCCAGCUUCAGAAUACACUGAAGAACCUAUAUGACCAGUACCACUACUCCCCCAAGGCUCUCAGGGAGCUUCACCAGAUUGCUGAGGCCCUGGAGGAAAUGGUACUGAAGCCGUCCAACCUCCAUGGUGCCCGAUGGCUACCAUAUGUGCAUCGUGCAACAAAGAUUGUCUGUGAUAGUUACUCUGUCCUCCUGCCUCAUUUUGAGGAUCUGGCAAGCAUGAAAAGGAGCGCCAAACCAUCACCAGCUGUUGUUGGAAGAGCGAAACAAGUCACUGGGUAUCUCAAGAACCUGCACCAUUUAAUCUUUCUACACUUCAUGUACAGAAAUGGGUCCACAGAUGUACAAGUCUACGAGGCAGUGAAGACCAAUGGAGAAUACAGAGGAGUGCAGUUCCAGGUUCGACAUGGAGUUCCGAGCUUGGAAGCAGAACGAGCUGCAGUGAUUGAUGCCAUCAUCUUUCACUUAGAGGAAAAGCUGAGGGACCUUCAAAAGGGCAGUCCAGUCAGUAAAUUUAAGGCCUUUGAUCCCUCUUGCUGGCCCAAAUGGGAUAGGUCAGACGGCAGUGCUCAAUUCAGGGAGAGUGGUCAGGAGGAUCUGAGGGCACUGACUAGGCACUUCAGUGUCCUCCUGUGUAGGGAGGGCAUAAGCACAGAAGAUGUCAUGUCCAACUUUCAAGACUACAAGGUCUUUGCCCAGGGGAGAACAUCUGUUCCAAUGAGGGACACAUUCUUAAAUAUUCUGAAGUCAGAUGAGAGAUGUGAACGGUUCAGGAGUUUGGUCACACUCCUGAGAAUUUACUUGGUCCUGCCAGUCAGCACAGCUGUGUGUGAGAGAGGGUUCUCAACCAUGAAACGGAUCAAGUCCGACUGGAGGACCAGCCUCAGCUCAGUCCAGCUUCAGAGGCUGAUUUUUUUGUCAGUGGAGGGCCCAAAGUUGCAAGACUUUGAUGCUGGAUUGGUGGUGGAGAGGUGGUGGACCUGCAGCCAAAGGCAGCGCCGCCCAGGAUUUAACCCCUGGGAAUCAAGGCAUCGGUCCGAAGAUACAGAGUAGGGUGGGCCAUGCCUUCGCCAUCCUAGGAAAAUAAAUAUUGCAGGCCUAGUUAACAGGUUUUACUGACUCGAUAUCGGUGUAAACGUUAAAGCUACUUUCAUAUAUGUUUCAUAAGUGUUCUGCUACGAUGUGGAUUAAGUUUAGCCUGUGUUACGACGUGACAUUUAUUUGGAGAAAGAGAGAUAUUAUUGCCUUGAUAAUGUUGCUGUUGUUGUGUUUCUUACUGCAUAGCUGAUAAAUGUGCAGAUUUUUUAAUAUUACUUGUGCAGCAAUGUGUUGAUAUUCAGGUUGCAUUAUUAUUUGCUUAUAUAUUUCAGAACCACAUCUAAACUUCACAUGUAAUGUAAAAUACAACUUCAUAGUUAACGUCAUGUU